GCAUUCACAUUUAGAGUCAUCUGAUCUUGCAAGGGUUGGCACAGCACAGCUAAUAAUCCAACAGAAUUGAGAAGCUAAAAUGGAUUUUAAAAGGGUGCUUUAUUUUUGUGCACUGGAUUUGAAGCAGAUUAAAUAAUCUGGGAUAUGCUAUCAGGUCAUGAUUUGUAUGUUACAGCUGUCCAGUUUGAUUUGACAGUCACUCUUUGCAUGACCUGUUGACCAAGCAAAAGGCAGUGAAAACCUCUGAGAGUCAUAGAUGGACAGUGGAAACAGGAGUGCAAUAAAACUGACUGCAGUGAUAUUGAAUGCUGAUGGAGUGAUUCAAUAGAUCAAACAGCUGAGCUUCUCUGCAAGGUACAGUUAUUUUCUAAAAUAAAGCCACAAAAGAAGCUGGAUUAGCUCAUGCCCUUGACUCCCACUUCAACUUUAUAAUACAUAUACUUUACCGUUCCACUUAAACUUGGACUAAACCUUCUACAAGAGAACGAGCAAACAAGCAUGAAAGGCUACUUGCUUUUGAUUUCGAAUGUUAUCAUAUUAAUAUAUGAGGUUCAUGGAUGUCCUGAAAAGUGCCUAUGCCAUCCACCUUCGAAGACAGUAGACUGCAAGAAUCGAGGACUUGUUGACAUUCCCUCCCAUUUACCUUCUGAAACUCAAAUCUUACUGUUGCAGAAUAACCACAUUUGGAGAAUCAAUCAAAGUGCAUUCACUGGAGCACCUUGGCUCAAAAUUUUAGAGCUGUCUAAUAAUUCGAUAACAAGUUUGGCAUCAGGUGCUUUCCAAGGGCUACGAUACCUACAGGUUCUAAACCUAACCAAGAACUUGAUUCAUUAUGUAGAAAACAAGACUUUCAGUUCCCUCCCACAGCUGAAAGAACUGGAUUUAUCUUCCAACAGGAUAUUAAGUCUGCCUGAAACUUUGGGGAAAAAUACCGGAAAUAUAACGUUAUUGUCUGUGAAACAUAACAAGCUUCAGAAAAUGGAAAGAGUUCUUCUGGAGUCACUUCCAAACCUGAAAGUUGUUCUUUUCAAAGAUAACCCAUGGCAAUGUAAUUGCAAUGUCUUUGGCCUUAAACUGUGGCUGGAGAGCUUUUUAUACAGAGGAGGAAUAAGUGAUGGCAUUAUCUGCUCCACACCUGAGAAUCGGAAGGGAAAGGACCUCCUUAAAGUUCCUUAUGAGAUGUACGGGGUAUGUCCUGCUACAGCUGCUCAUGUUACCCUGGCUAGUUUUCACCACCAUACCUCUGAGCACAGAAAUUCACUGAAGCAUGCUCAUCACAAUGAACACGGAGACAGUAGCCAUUCAGACUGUGAACCUAAACCGAAAUCAAGGCCAGUUAAUUUGCGUCAUGCGAUCGCCACUGUAGUAAUAACUGGAGUUGUCUGUGGAAUUGUGUGUCUAAUGAUGUUGGCAGCUGCUGUUUAUGGUUGUGCCUAUGCUGCAAUUACUGCUAAAUACCACAAAGAACACUUGGCCCCAGCAAUAGAACAGGGGAGUCCUGAGGAAAAAGAGCCAUUUGAUAGCUCCUUGGCUUGAGUGAGUUUUGUUUUUGGUUUAUCUAAAAUAAGAACCCUCAGUUUAGUCCAAAGCCUAGUGUCUAAGUAGGAUUGAUUUACUCAUUACUACUGUAUUUUUCUUUUUCACAUUAAAAAGUUUCUGUGAAAAUAUUCUUUGGGUAGCACUUUAUGUCAAGAGUAUAAAUAGAUAAAUUAAAUACUUUAUACUUUGUAUAUUCCUACAUUCUGAAGUUAUUAAAUAACAACAUGAGUUUAAAAUGAAAAAAAAUGUUGAUGUUACCACUUUCAAAUAUUCUGGUUUAUAUUAACUGGGCCCUGAGGUAAAAUUGAUAUAAUACAUGGCAAUUACUGAGAGUUACUAGCCAAUAUGAGUGAGCUUUUAUGGAAUGAAAGAUAUGAAGCAGUUUUAAGCUAUUUGCUGAAACUUGCCUUAUAUGUACCUAGAGAACAUACAAUAGAAAAGAAGUUGUAAGUACAACUAAUACAAUAAAAUUAGGCACCAGAAGCAGUUUAGUCAACCAAUUUGAGUAUUUUAAAAAUAAAUUAUUUACACACAACUUUUUUCACUAAUCUAGAUGCUCCAAUAUAUAAAAUACUAUUCAAUGUUGCAUCCACAGUGCAGUUUAUGAGGUAGGAAAUCUAUAGUUAGGUACAGCAUUUCAUUUCUAGAGUCUGGCGAGUCUGUGCAAAGACAUAAAUAUCUUUCUUGAUUUUGGGGGUAAGAAAGUGUAGAAGAGGUCAAGAUGGAAAAGAAAAGAAGAAGAAUUUUUUAGUUGGAUUAUGGUAUUCAAGUAUCAGGAGCUCGUGACAGAUACAAAAGAAGCAUAAAUAAAAUACAGACAUGAAAACCACCUUUUAAUCUACAAUGGACCAAUAUGCUUAUUUAUAACAAACAUUUCUGAUGAUCCUUAUACAAAAAGUUACAGAAGGCUUCCUUUUUGUAACUCUCAUGGUAUAUAUACGAUGCUGGGUUUGGUAUAAUGAAACCAACACAACUGCAUAUCCAUACAGCCCAGUUCACCCGAACGCCUACCCUAACAGAGGUUUCUAUUGCAUAAAGUUUGUUGUAAUAGAAGGGCUGCAGCCACAUUUUCAACAGAAAAUGAGAAGAGGAGAAACAUAUUUUUAAAGUGAAGAAGUAAUUUUCAAAUUCAUCAUAAAAAUCUAGGGCUGGAAGGUAUUUUAGCAGUCAUUUCAUCUUCCCCUUAGCUCUCUCUUAGUUUAGCCUGUUUUAGAAAACCUCCAAAAGGGGUAGAGAUGAACUAUUUCUAUGGUUAGAAGAUCUUCUCCUAAUUUAUAACCUAAGUGAUCUUUACUUCAAGUGCUUUCUGACUAUCUUAUUGGAUAGGAGACCUGAGCAGACCACAGAUGAGGAAGAUGUGCUGAUGAAGGGAAAGGAAGUCACAUUAUAGGACAUGAUGAGGUCCUGUAAUUCGUCCUAACAGGUCUUGCCUUAUCACUGGCCUGCUGGAGGGAGAGAAGAGAUGAUGGCGUAGAGGGAAGUACAAAGCCAAUCAACAACUUAAGCACUUGUUCAAGAUUCUGGUUGACUGAGGAACAGUAAGUUUCAUUAACCCCGUCUGCUUGUGAUUUCAGAAGACAUCCCACACAGAGCCGGACUUGGGGCCUUUCUACUAGGGCUGUUUGAAGCUUCGUUCACUGAUUCAAUUCAGCACAGAUUUGGUCAUAUCCGGUGGCUGAACCUCCGAAUCCAAAUCGAAUCAGGAAACCCUCUAAUCUCUCCAAAUCGAAUUGGAACCCUCCGAAUCAAUUCAGAGAGAUUUGGAAAGAUUUGACAAUUCAGAAAUAGACACAGCUUUAAAUGUUUUUUCUACAUAUGUGUAGGUAUCCAGUGGCUUGUGAAUGCUGAGAUACUGGGGUGGAUGGAACAUCCCACAGGAGCAUUUGUGGGGGGGGGAGGAGGGGACCCAGCAUACUCAGCAGCAGACCUGGAAGUGGACCAAAAGUACCUCUGAUGAGCACGGGCCCCCCACACUCCUGUGGGACUCGCCAUCUGCACAAGCACUACGGCAUCCAUGAGCCAUACCUGGUACCUCAAGGUAUGUAGAAAAAACAUUUAAAGCUAUGUCUAUGCCCAAAUUGCUGAUUCGCUGAAUUUGGGCUGAAUCUGAAUCUGAAUUGAAUAGGAUCCAUUUUGCACAACCCUACAUUCUACAGUGUAUUGGACAAAAUAAAGGUUGCCAUAUUGUCUAAUGGAUUACACCACAGCUUCAGAAUUGAGGCCAUCUGCAAUGAGCAGUGUGGAAGAAAAAGCAGGCUACUAGAUCUGCAACCACUAAUGGGAAAAAUGCAGUUGCUCAAACUUCUGAGGCUUUGCUUUUAUGAAAAUGCUCUUCUAGCCCACCUUAAAGCCAAUCUGAGCUCACAAUUCAACAAGAGAGGGAACUGAGUACAUAGAGCCUGGAAACUGGGCAGCCUGUAAAAAGACAAAGGGACAUUCAAUACCAUCAGUCAAUUUUUCAGAGACAAUGGGGUGCUAACAUCUGGCAGAGACUGGAUCAGGCAGAAAUUAGAUACCGGGAAGUGUGGGUUUACUAAAUACAGGCAUUUGAAUGGAAUUUGCCAUUAAAAAAAACAACUGUAUUUUCUAGCAUAUGGCACACCCACACAAACCUAUCUGGGAAGAAAGAAUGAAGAAAUUUUUUUUUCAGAGUUCGCAACUUAAAUUUUCAGCAGAUCUUGGCUGUUCAAUCAAAAGCUGAAACUGUAGCUUCUGCUGAAGACCAGAUUCCAUGGGCAGAGCUUGGAGUUUGAAAAAUCCAAGUCUAUUUGUCUGUGAAAUAGGAGAAGAAAGACUAGGAGUAGCUUAAUGGCCAAUUCUUCAACAAAAUUAUCAAAGAAAGAAUAGCUUGAUAGUGGAACAUCAAGAUCAUUAAAAAGGAGAGCGGAUCAUUAAUACCUGUUGAGUAAAUAGCAAUUAGCAGGAAUUAAGUAGAUUAAAAUGAGGCAUGAAGUCAAUUAACUCCCUGAGCAGUGCCUGAAUAGAAAUGCCACUGCUGCUAGUUUGGGCAGAAAAUCAGCUUUCUCAAUUAAAACAUGCAUCCCAAACUUUGAAAGGCUAAUUCUGAGGAAAAUGUACAUGUGGUAUGCAAACAAAUAUGGUGUUUAUCUAUCUAUCUAUCUAUCUAUCUAUCUAUCUAUCUAUCUAUCUAUCUAUCUAUCUAUCUAUCUAUCUAUCUAUCUAUUUAGCUGGCUUACCCUAGGGCACUGUCAGAUCCUUUUAAGGGGGCCACUCAAUAUAAAUUCUAAUAUAAUAAAAGCCUUAGUCCAUC